UUACGAUAUAAAGCACUUCAUUUGUCGAUUGUUUGAUAACCAAUGACUGCGUUCAACAGAAGAAGCUACUUUGCAAUUAUAAAAUUCGUGAAUCUGAUUGGCGUAUGUUGGCUAGAUUAAGCCAAAAUUAAAAGUACGCCAAUCAUAUUCACGAUUUUAUAACAGUCGCAUAGCUUUAUCUGCUAGACGCAGCCAAUCAAGAUAGUAAAUUCAAAGACGUCAUUGUUGUUCAAUCAAAUAAUUCAAAUUUAGAAAAUAACGGUAAAAAGCAACCGUCGUCAACUGUCCACUUUCAUCGACUGUGUUUUUCGUGAUCGAAAAUGUCGAUUUCUUUGAAAGCUAUUACGCUUUUCAAUUUCAAGUCAUUUAGAGGCAAAGUAGUAAUUGAUCAUUUCCAUCCUUUUACAGCUAUUAUUGGUCCGAAUGGAUCCGGAAAAUCAAAUAUUAUGGAUGCUAUAAGUUUUGUAUUAGGCGAAACAUUAAGUAUUUUGCGUGUUAAACAUCUCAAUGAACUUGUACAUGGAGCUUUCAUUGGAGAGCCAGCAGCAGAAGGUGCUUAUGUAACCAUAAUUUUAAUGAAAGAUCAAAUAGAAAAAAGUUAUACAAGAACAAUACAAGGAAAAGACAAUCAGUACAAAAUAGAUAACAAGAUUGUUACUAGAGACAUUUAUAUGUCUGAAUUGAAAGUAUUCGGUUUAGAUAUAAAAGCAGGAAACUUUUUAAUGCCGCAAGGCUGUAUUCAAUAUUUUGCAACAACAAAUAUGUCAAAAGAACUGACUAUUAUGUUUGAAGAAAUUAGUGGGUCUAAUGUAUACAAAGCAGAAUAUAAUCGAUUACGAUUAGAAUUGUUGAAAGAAAAUCAGGAUGUACAGUUUGCAUAUCAGAUAAAAAAGACACAAUUACGACAGAAGAAAUCUGCUAUGAUAGAAAAAACAGAAGCAGAAAAAUAUUUGCAGCUGCAAAAACAAUAUAUGAAAGAAAAAUUUAAAUUUCAAUUAAUUCAGUUGAUUUUCAUAAAAAAAGUAGUCAAAUCUUUAGAAACCGAGCAAAAGGAAAUUAAACUGCAUAUGGCAGAGAAUUUGCAGAAUAAACAAAUUAAGAUAAAUUUGUUAAACCGUACUAAAUUAGAAGUUAAGUCAUUAUUUGAAUUAUUGAAUAAAACUGAAGAAAGCAUCUUAAAACUUGAAAAUGAUAUUCAAAGAGAAAAAAUAAAACAUGUUGAUAUUGAGAGUAACACUUUGUAUUGGCAAAAAAAACUUGAGAAUGCUCGUGCAUCUUUGGAUAGUGUGAAUAAUGCGCAUAACAUUCAUAAAAAUACUGUUGAAGAAUUAAAAAAUGAAUUAGAAAUAAUAACCAAGAAAUUAACGGAGUUAUCAUCGGAAGAUGACAUUGUAGAACUUCACAACUCUCAGGUUAAUGAUUAUAUGAUUUUAAAGACUGAAGCUGAGAGUCAAGCAAAAGACUUUAUAAAUAAUAUAAAUAAUUUAAUGCAUGAUCAACAAGUUGAUCAAUAUGAUCUCGAUAAUCAAAAUAGAUCUAAAAUGGAAUUAGAAAGUAAAAUAAAGAUUGAAACAUUAGGAAAGGAACAACUCGAAACGCAAGUUCAAAAACUACAAACAUUAAAUGAUCUCUUUAAAUUAAGAUUAGUGGAAAAAAAAGAGGAAAAGCAAAAAAUAGAGAAAGAAAUUAGGGAAACAGAAGAGAAAUCGUUAAAGUUAAUAAGCGAUAUUGCAAAAAUUUCGUAUGAAAGUGCCGAAGUUUUACAACAAGAGAAAAAAGCUAAUAUAAUAAAAAAUUUAAAAGAAUGUUUUCCUGGCGUGCACGAUCGCUUAUUUAAUCUUUGCAAGCCUACGGAUUCACGUUAUAAUGUUGCGAUAACUAAAGUUUUUGGUAAAAAUAUGAAUGCAAUUGUAGUUGAUACUAAAUAUACAGCAAAACAAUGCAUUUAUUUUUUAAAGAGGCAUAAAAUAGGUGUUGAAACAUUUUUACCGCUUGAUUCAAUAAAAACGGAACCUAUAAACGAUAGAUUACGUACUAAAUUAGAACAAACAAAUUGUAAAUUAUUAUAUGACGUACUAGAGCCAUCUCUGCAAAUACAGAAGGCAGUUUUAUAUGCUGCUAGAAAUACUAUAGUUUGUGAGACUGCAGAAGAUGCAAGGAAAAAAGCAUUCCAAAGUGAUGGCAAUUAUGAUUGUGUAUCAUUAGAUGGAUGUUAUUUUCAAAGAAAUGGUUUUAUAUCUGGAGGAUUAACUGAUCUUAUUGCAAAAGCAAAACAAUGGGAAAAUUCAUUUGUAUUAAACAAACGAAAGGGACAAUUAAAGCAAGAAUUAAAAAAUCUACCUCAAAUUUCUUGUCUGCAAUCUAAUUUUGAUACAAUUAAUAAGAAUAUAAAUCGACUUACUGCUAAAAAUAAAGUCAUAGAAAAAGACUUAAAAGACAUUAUCGAAGAAAUUAAGAUACAUAAAGUAAAUUUAAACGAUCUUCAAAAGGAACUAAGUUCACAAGAUGUAUAUAAAAUUUUAAGAUGGAAGCGCGCUAUAGAGGAAGCUAAUGUAGAAUAUAAAAAAGCCUAUAAUAAAGAACAAGAUAUAAAAACUAAUGUAGAACAGAUUGAAAUAAGACUAUUGAAAAUAAAGGAUGAUUAUAAAACUAAAAUAGAAAUAUUGGAAAAUAUAAAAACAGAAUUGGAUGAUCAUAGAUCACAAAUUGGCAUUGUUUCAAAGUUAUAUUUAGAAAAUCAGAAGGCAUACAUGCUUAUACGGACGAAAAUAAAACAACAGAAACAAAAAUGUGAAGAUAUACUUAGAGAAUGCAAGCUGGAAGGAAUUAUUAUUCCAACGUUAUCAGAGAUAUCGUACGAUGUAAGCAGUUCAAACUCGAAUAUAAGCACAGAAUCGAAUGUUUGGGAAGUAAUGAUGAACAUUGAUUUCUCACAAAUUUCCAAUCAUAUUUAUAGUAAUACAACAGACUUGCAAAAUAUUAUUGAACAAUCUAAGAUAAAGCUUACAGAGAUUCAAAAUGAAUAUAAGGCUUUGCGAAAACCAGAUCUUAAGGCUGAUACAAAAGUCGACUUGAUAAUACAACAGAUAAAAGAAACAAAUGAAAAACAUCAAGAGCUGCGUACAAAAUUUAAUAAUACAAAUAAACAAUUUGAGAUUGUUAAAGCAAAAAGACAUAAAUUAUUUUCAAAUUGUCUGGAACACAUUACUGAAGACAUAGAUUCUAUAUACAAAAAUUUGACUAAUGAUAAGUCGGCUCAAGCAUUAAUCAUAUUAGAAAAUCCUGAAGAGCCGUAUAUGAGCGGUAUAAAUUACAGUUGCAUACCGCCAUCUAAACGUUGUCAACCACUACAGUAUUUAUCUGAUGGGGAAAAAACAAUCGCUAAUUUGGCGUUUCGAUUUGCAAUGCUGCGUUAUAAACCAACAUUUUUUAUUAUGGAUGAAGCUGAUGCAGCAUUAGAUAAGUCAAAUAUUAAAAAGCUUGUUAACUACAUGCGAUCUCAAAUGAAGAAUAUGCAAGCUAUCGCAAUAACUUUAAACACAAAUUUAUCAUUUCAUGCCAACAUACUUAUAGGAGUUACCACUCAACCUAAGACGGCGUGCACUGAGAGUAUGAUAUUCACUGUGUCAUUAUGAAGACAAUAUUGAAAAUACAACAAAAU